AUGGAUCAUUUGAACUCAUCAGACACUGUUUAUUGUAAAAACCACCCAGGUCAUUAGAUUAGCUUUAUUAAGGUUUCAUUUUAAAAUGAAUAAAUUUUAAAAUGCCUUUAGUGCUUGUUAGAAGAAGAUGGCAAGAUUCAAGAUUAUCUAGCACUAGAAACCAUCAAAGUUUGUAAUGAUGACCACAUAUUUUUAAAUUGGCCAUCUCUAGAUGACAAUAGGAUAUUGAAAAAUAUUCAACAUACCAUUAAGAAUAAUAAAUAUUCUAAAAUUGAAGAAAUAGAAUUGGCUUUUUCUUAAUUUACGAAAGAAAUUUUAGAAGAGAUAUUUAAAAAAAAGAAGGCUUUUAUUCUAUAAGUACAAACUCAAAAUUAAGUACAAGAGGAUCUCCUUAAAAUUUACAAUGAAGUUUCAGGAAAAUAAAAACUAAAGGAGCUAAUUAAUAUCAGGAAGUAAACUGAUUAGAAUGAUUAUGAAGGCUUAAAAAAGUUUAUUCAAGAAAAUUAAUAAUAAAAAGAAUCAAUAACUAACAUCUUAAAGGAAUAAUUGAUAAAGUUGGAUAACAUUUAGACUAACAUAACGAAUGACUUUUCUUAAUUAAAAUCAAUAAUUUAAAAGAAAAUGGACUCAUUUUUUGAUCCUGAAAAUUUUAAUUUAAUUAAAGAUCUUUCUAAAUAACUUCAAUAGCAUCAACAAAAUUCAUAAAUAAAUGAGCUAUAUGGAAAAAGCUCUUAUUGUGAUUAUAAUAACUCAAUACCUAUUCAAAUUUAAGAAUUGUAAGACCAAAAUACGAUAUAAAUAAUUAAAAAUGAUCCUAAAUCGUAUGGCGGAGUCUACUUUAAAUAUGACUUAACAAAAGAAAGUAAAUAUACUUUCAGGUUUAAAUUUAAUGAUACGGCAGGAGAUUAUUUUAUAAUUGGCUUAAUAGAUUCGAAAGAAAUCAACUUUUAACUUAAUGAUACCAACCAAGGAAAAAUUUUUUGCAACAAUAUUACAAAUUAUAAAUGUUAUGCAUCUUAAAUUGUGAAAGGUAAUUUGUUUUACAAAAUUUAAAAAGAUUUAGAAAUAGAAAUGAGAGUAGAUAUAGAGAAUAGACAGGUUGAUUUUUUAGACUAUCCUAAUUACUUGAAUUAAAAUUAGUUAAAUAGAGGUUAUCAGUUGGAAAAAAAUGGUAAAUAUUAUUUGGCAAUACAUUUUUCAACUGCAUCAUAGUAUACUACUUGUAUCGAUCUAACUUAUUUCAAAAUUGAAAAAUGA